CUCCAAGUCCCCGAUAUCCCGAAGCUACACUACACUACACUACUUUAGUACCCUCUAAUCUAGCUUCUUCUAGUCUCUCUCUCUGAAAAUCAGGAGCAAUUAAGUAGAUGAGCCUUGGCAUCCAUCCCGUCGGGGAGAAGGAAAGCCCAAGGGCGGAAAGGAAGACGGAAUUUCCGGCGACCUCGGGAUGAUCUUCUGACGUUCUUUCAUCUAUUCAUAUGGAAUCAAUACCGUCGGAGACUAGUCUACACUCUACUAAGUAAGUUGCAGUAGGCUAGUUACUUGGUGGAGAUGGCUGCAUACUAAAGGAAUGCUCGGUUGUGGUGUGGCUUGCGUUAGGUAGAUUGUUAUGGGGAAUGGGUUAUAUUGACCGGUGGAGAAUUGGUUUUGGGGGCGUAGAAGGAUUAAGCGCGUGGCGGAAAUGGCGGGCGGGAGGGAAGGAUAAAAAGUCGCUUAAUAUUGCUGUUGCGGUGUUAGUUGUGAUGAUUUCUCGUUUAUUUACUGUGUUUUUGGAUGUUGUUGAUAAGUAGAAGAAAUGGGAGUUGUUCGUAAGUAUAUGGCUUGUGGUGUGGUGGCAGUGUUGGGAAGAAAGAAGUGUUGAAUUGGUGUGGUUUCUCAAACAAGUGGCGAACAAACUAAUUGUAC